AUGAAUCUGAUCAAAGUAGUGUUAUUAAGCGCUCUACUUCUGUACAGAGUGCACGCGUUCGAUGAGCAAGAGACGGAAGAGUGUUUAAACAUCAACAGAGACACCGACAACUUAGCAGAGCUCUGCACUAAACUGGGAAAAACAAGAGAAAGAAUAUUGGUCCUGCAGAGACGAAUAGAAGUCUCCUCGUAUGAUAAAAAACAGACAGACAGGCUGCUAGAGAUCCUACUAGACACUUCAAGCGAAAUAAAAAAAAUGGAAGAAAGAAUAGAAAAUAACGAAAUUUCAAUAGAAGAGACCUUUGGCACAAUAAAAAGUAUAGCAAUGAAAAUAGACGAUGAAGCAAAAGCAGAAGAGUGCCAAGAAGAACAAAGCGGUAAGGCAGGCGCACUAGACUACCUUUGUCAGAAAGAGUCUGAGAUGUAUAGCCAGCACUCCUCUGUUCUGCAGAAGAUCUCGCGCGCCAAGGAAACCUCUGAUCUUUUCGAGAAAAUGGAGUUCUACAGAAGCAAGCACGACCGCGAGCUGGAAAACAGAGAGAUUGUGAAAAAAGAGAGAAACCUGCUGAUUGAAAAAGCAGAAAAACUUCUCGUAAACAGCACAGAACACAUCGAAAAACUGCAAAAAAUAAGAGAAAGCCAGUCAUUCGAGCACCAUAAAGAGAUAACAGUCAAAAGAGAAGAAGUUGCAUUUGAGGCAUCCCCGAGGUACGCUGUCUCGUACAAGAACAUCACUCUUACGAAGCUUCAGAACAGAAACUAUUUUUUGCUCAAUAAGAUCGUCUGUAUGUUCUAUGCCAUGAAUAGAAAGAGCAUAGAAGAAAACCACAAGAGUAUUUCUGAGAAAAUCCAGCGUCUUUUAAUCUACAACUACGACAGCACACACAUUGACUAUCUAUCAAAAAUUGAUAAGUUCAUUGAUUCUGUAAAGGACUAUCACGGAGAUAAAAAAAGAGAUAGGGACUUAGCUGACGCUCUGGAUGCACACUUUCUCUCUCUUCUUCUUUUUGACGAAACAAGAGAUGAAAAAAGACUGGUGCAGGUGCUGGAUAUUUUGUAUGAACUGUACGAUAAAAACUAUUCGGCUGCAAACUCACCCAGCUUCAAAACACUCCAGGACUUCCAGGAGUACUUCUACGAUCUGCUGGAUGUUCAUCUUUUGCUCACAGAAGGAGGAGACACCCUUGAAACAGAAGAGAUCUCGGAUAUGCUAUUCUCCAAUUUGAGAAAAUUUAUAAAUACAUUCCCAUCGCAGGAAGGCAUACAUGCUAUAUCCCGAACGCUAAAAAAACUCGACAGUUCAUUUUUGGAGUACAACUACCACCCAGUGAUCGAAACAGAAAAAGAGUACGACACACAAAACAAAAAAAAGCCUUGGAAAUACUCCAAGUGCGACAAAUACAGCAGGAUACACCACUGCAUGAGCGCGCACGACCCCGAGCACUUUGGGUUCCUAAGCAUUCGGCUUGUGCACCUCCAUCCUUUGAUUGCAGCAGCAAAAGAAAAAAUAAUUCCGAUGUGGAUCAUCAAUAAAAACGAAAGAAACCCAGACGAGUGCACAGCCGAGUUUGGCUACACCUCUCUUGAAGAGUGUGUGUACUCCACAGACCUUUUGACAUACGCAGAUGCCUGUCUGUUCGCAAUGGCCACUACCGUGGAGCUGGUGAUAGACACUGACUUGCCAGACGAGAUAGCGUAUGCCAUUGCAAAGCACACAAAUCCCAAGGCACGUGUGUCUUUUAUCAGGCUGAACCUCAAUGCAAACGACCUCUUUACAGACAAAGAAAGCAUCCACAUGCUGGACCACACGCCAACAAGCGAAAACAAGCAGGAAGUGUACAAUCUGGUUUUGGAUAAGAUUCUGGAAAAUAGAUGGCUUUUUUGGCCUCUUUUUGCAAUCACAACAAUUGCCGGAAUUAUUCUGAACCUUCUGCUUGGUGAUGCGUGCGUAUUUUUCACAGUCAUUCCCAUCUUGAUAUACUCAUCGGGAGUGCUCCGCGCUUUCGUUGUUUCUUUGAAAAUGGAAGUGCACUACGUUAACAUGGCAUUCAACAUUCUCUCAGCAGGCUUUUUAUUCCUUGUAUGUGCAUACGGAUGCGACAUAUUCUUCAGAGCAAGCGAGCUCACAGAAAAUCUGUCGUGCAUAAAAUGGAUGUACUUUGUGUGCAGCGCAGUGGGUAUCGUUGGCCUACUGAGCACCUACAGCAAAAAAGGAAGAAGAUAUGUGUAUGGAAAGAAGUAUUGGAUAAGCAACAUCUUCAAAUACGCCUACUACGCCAUGGCCAUCCUCUGUGCCCUAUCUAUUCCCGCGAUAUACGCAAGUUUUGGGGAAAAUAGAGACGAGAUUCUCUCUGUGCUGAUGGCCUGCAACGUGGGAAUGUUUUCUGGAAUAUUUUUGUAUGUCGGGUGCUCGUACGAGAAAAUGCAGGUGAAAAUAGAGACUGAUCAGUGGAAAAAGCUUGACUGGUGGGUUAUGUGUCUGGCAUACUCCACCACGGGAAUAGCUCUCCUGAGUACGCUAGGCAUCUGUAUUAAGUACGAUCUGCUGGAGAACAUUCCUGUGGUUUUGGGCGGCAAAAGAGUGUAUGUAUCGAUGUUCAGUGAGAACAAGCUGCCCUUCUACCAUAUAGCAGAUGUGCAGGCAUACUCGCAGUCUUCUCUAGUGACAGCUUUCAACGCAGUGGUAGAAGAAACCUCGAAAAGGAUAAACCGGAUCACAAGCAGCGAUGGAGCAGAGAUUAACUACUACUAG